UCUGUGCCGUGUUAUUCCUACCUAACAUUUUCAGAGUUCGAAAGAGAGGGAGGGGAUGGGGACAGAGUUGAAGCACGAGAUUGAAUAUUUCGGCCACGAUCAUAGUUUGAUCCUAUGCAAUUCCAAUUCCAAUUCCGAGGGAAGACAUGAUGAUAUUUGUGCAGUUUGCGAAGAGCCAAUCUCAGGUCUUUACUAUCAUUGCCGGGGUAUAUCAUGCCACUUUGCCAUCCACAAUUCAUGCACUGAAAUACCAAGAUAUAUCCAACAUCAAUCCUUGCAUUCUCCUCAACACAAUAUCUUGCUCAGUUGUAUAGAUAAUUCACCUUCUGAAGCACGGCAAUGCAAUGCUUGUGGGUGUGGUGUUAAUAAAAUCGCCUACAAGUGUCAUAAUUGCUCUUUUCGUCUACACGUUAGAUGCUAUUUCCUGCUCACCAAAAACCCAAAAAAUCAUGAUCAGCAACAGCAGCAACGACAGCAGCCCAAAUCAAAUCACCCCCAUGACUUAAUUUUGUGUGAUCUUGACAAGGACAUGAAGUUUUCUUAUACCUGCACUUGCUGUGACUUGCUUAUUAUUGAUGAUGGUUAUGGUGAUGAUGGAGGUGGUUGUGAUGGUGGUUCGGUGGUGGUGUAUGUAUGCCUGGUGUGCCCGGCCUUGCUACACAAAUCAUGUGCUAAGUUGCCCUGGAAAAUUGACCACCCCUUUCAUCCCUCACAUUCUCUCCUCCUCUGCCGCAAGGCACGUUGUCAGUGCAAUGCCUGUGGCAAGAAACCGAAUGGUUUUACCUACCACUGUUCUGAGUGUGAGUUUCACCUUGACGUUCAUUGUGCUUCUCUGAAGCCAAUCCAAACCCAAACCCAAAACGAUAAAGUUCAAUUCAAUUUCAGCCACCCCCAUUCAUUGAUAUUCUGCAACAAACCAAGAUCACCAAGAUUUCCCAUUCACUGCUUUGUGUGCAGGCUCCCUUUUGUGGAUUCAAUGAUCUGUUUUUGCCCAAAAUGCAAAGUCCUCAUGCACAAAUCAUGUGUUGAUUUGCCGCAAGAAAUCAAGCACGUCCUUCACCCGGAGCACACUCUCAACCUCUGGUAUAUUCCGGGUUGGCGUUAUUGUAGGGCAUGUCGAAGCGAUUCUCAUGCUUUUUUAUUUAAAUGUUUACAGUGUAAAUGGUACAUGGAUGCCGGAUGUGCUUUGUCAGAACCCCCCAGAAUCAUCAUGUCUGAAAUCCACGAGCACCCUCUUGCUUUAUUCAAGGAGCCAAAUCACAAAAAAUGCAAAACUUGUUCGAAGAAAUGCAUUACCCCUUACUUACUCUGCGUGUUAUGUAAUUUCAUUCAACAUGUCAAUUGUGUUGAAAUAUUACCACCUAUCGUCCAAUAUAAAUAUCAUUACAAUCGCCUUACCCUCACAGAUUCUCCUAUUAAAGACAAUUCAGAUGAAGAUGACGAUGCAGAGUUUUACUGUGAUGCUUGCGAGGAAAGAAGAGAGCUACAUAAGCGAAGUUAUUAUUGUAAAGAAUCCCAUUACGUUGCUCAUCCUCAUUGCGUUGCAUCAGAGAUCAUGGAUGUUCUACAAGAAGAAUGGUUAAAGAAGAAGAGGCUUACGACGGUUGCUAACGCAAAAGUUCAGAUCAUACAUGCCAUACAAGAAGAGUAGUCAAAACAGAAGAGGCUUGUCAAUGCAAAAGUUGAGGAAAAGACGUGGUGAAUCCGCCUAAUUGAGGGCGUAGAAAUGUGUGUGUUGAGAGCACUAAAGUUCUCAUUUGCUGUGAUUCUAUUUGUAAGCCAAGGGCUAUGUAUGUGUGGGUUUGAAUAAUCAUUUUGUGUACCGGGCUUAAGCCUUGGAAGAUUAUAAACCCUUGGGGAUGCUUAUUUGGUUAUUUACUUGUUGUAGAAUCAAUAUAAUAUCGCAUGAGGAACUAUUAUUAUUAUGUAAUGCAAGUAUAAGAAUUUA